AUGGCGCCUCAAGGGGACGAUCACUACCAUCCAGUCGACGCUGUCUCAGGCGGCGUCAAGGGGGCUUUGGCGACCGGUGGCAUUGGUCUGUUCACCGCCGCCAUUCAAAACUCUCUGGCAAAGCAGAAUGUUGGAGCUUGGGGUGUAUUUACCAGAGGUGGAGGAGUGAUCAUGAGCUUCGCUGCCGCUGGCGGUGUCUACGAAUUCUCAAGACGCGCAGCUGCAAAUCUACGGGAGAAGAAUGAUCACUACAAUGAAACUAUCGGUGGUUUCCUAGGCGGCGCUACAAUGGCUUUGCGAGCUAGGAGUAUGCCCCAAGUCAUAGGGUGGGGAGCCUUCGCAGCCGUCGCACUCACGGUUUUCGACUAUACUGGCGGUCACCUUUGGGGAGCUAAGAAGUGGUCUCAAGAGGAACAAGUCGACGAGUUUGACAGGAAAGAGUGGCUGCGAAGGAACAGGAGGCGGCCAAUUGAGGAGACACUAGCAGAAGUGGGAGAAGGACGAGCUAUCCACCCACCGGGCUACGAGGAACGGAGGCGCGCGAGACUCAAGGAGAAGUACGGCGUUGAAAUCAAUCCCGUCCGAGCCGACGGAAAUUAG